AAAUAACAGGAAUUCGCUCAGAGACCAUUUCUGUGCCACAAGAAAUAAAAGCAUUGCAGCUGUGGAAUGAGUUAGAAACACGCCAUCCUGGAUUGGCUGACGUCAGAAAUCAGGUGAUAUUUGCUGUUCGUCAAGAAUAUGUCGAGCUUGGAGAUCAGCUCCUCCUGCUUCAAUCAGGAGAUGAAAUUGCCAUUAUCCCCCCCAUUAGUGGAGGAUAGUGCUUUUGAGCCACCUGGGAAAGAUAUAAAUAAAGUUGAAGAGAAAUCGAAAGAUAUAAUAAAAUUCACAUCUGAGCAACUUUCAGUAGAUGAAGUCUCACAGCUGGUGAUUUCUCCAUUCUGUGGUGCAGUAUCCCUAUUUGUAGGAACUACAAGGAAUAACUUCGAAGGGAAAAAAGUCAUUAGCUUAGAGUAUGAAGCAUAUCUACCAAUGGCAGAAAAUGAAGUCAGAAAAAUUUGUAGUGACAUUAGGCAGAAAUGGCCAGUCAAACACAUAGCAGUGUUCCAUCGGCUUGGCUUAGUUCCAGUGUCAGAAGCAAGCAUUAUCAUUGCUGUGUCCUCAGCCCAUAGGACUGCAUCCCUCGAAGCUGUGAGCUAUGCCAUUGAUACUUUAAAAGCCAAGGUGCCCAUAUGGAAAAAGGAAAUCUAUGAAGAAUCAUCAUCAUCUUGGAAAAGAAACAAAGAAUGCUUUUGGGCAGCCGAUGAUUAAACCACUUAGGUUUUUAGAGUCUUAAAUUUUAAACUUGUUGUAUUUUAAUGUACGAAGCAUACCAGAUACGCUUACUGGUGGUGGUUCUGCAAUCAGCUGCCCUUAUGAUGUGCUUCACCAGAAUUGAGAUGGGCCAAACUGAGGAAGGCACGUGGGAGUUCACCUGGUAGGAAUUGGAGAUGUUUGUGCAUAGGUGUGCAACCCAACACAUACCCAGCAACCUUUGCAUUGAUGCGCCAGCUAUAGAAUGAGGGCCAGUCUAUGAGCCUGAUAUGUAUCUUGUUUUAUAAUUUCAGCACGUUCACUUCAGCAUAUUUAAUCCUUAAGAUGUAUACCCUCUUGCUUACUAUUAACAUUUUUUUAAAAACUAUGCAGAUGACUACUCAUAUAGGCUGCAGCGGUUUGACCAAUUUUUUUUCCUAUAUCAAGCACAUAUUUAUAUCUAGAGGUAAAUUGUGCUUUAGAGUAGUGCUUCUCAAACUUUAACAUAAUAUGAAUCAUCUGAUGAUCUUAAACUUCCAAUUGGAAUUCAGUUCUGUGUGGCACCUGAGAUCUGCAUUUUGUAACAGCCUCCAGGUGAUGCAGCGCUGCCUGCCCAUCGACCACAUUGUGAGGAGCAAGGCUUUACACCUAGUCUCUAAGCUGUGAAGGCGGUUUAAGGUUCCUGCAAAAGCAUCCUUGUGGCCGCUGCUACUAACGUAAGAGGUUAGAUGUAUCCUUGCUCUUCUUCUACUGAAUCUUGAAUGUGUUCUGAAGCACAGUGAGUGCAUAAGAUAAACACAGUGAAAUACGUUAAGUCGUAAAAUUCAAAUUCCAAAGUAAACAGCUUUAUUUUCAAAAUGAUUUUAAUUGUAUUCAGUAAUGUGGUAUUUAAAGAGGGGUUUACAAUUAAGUAAUACUUUUCUGUUUGAUUCUCAUACUUUAAUAGGAGAAAAGCUCUUAACUAGUUUGUUGAUUACUGCUCCAAUUUGAUCUUUUGCUUCUCAAAAAUCAAACGAAUUGUGAAACUUCAUAUACAAACAUGCAUAUUCAUUUUUAUAUUUUUGGUGGAGAGAAAAAAAGAC